AUGUCCCGUGAACCCAAUGAAGGCACCUUUGGGGCUGCGCUCGCCAAUGAGUUUCAGUGGCGCAAUUUGUACCUGAAGGAGUUCGGCUGCUGCACCUAUCCACCGCCGAUCCCGAAGGACCCCAGCACCACCGCCGUUGGCGUCUAUCCGAUGCGACGACAAGCGAAACUCCUCCCACAAGAAAGCAGCAGCAGCGAGGAUGCUGAUAACGAAGGGGAGGAGGAUGACCGCUAUGAGGAGUCGACGGACGAUACCGAUGGGGACGACAGCUACCAAGCGAACUUUAGCUCGGGUCUCUUCCAAUUCUCCUUCAACGGCAGUGGCAGUGAUGAAUGCCAUUCGCGACGGCACCAAUGCCACAACGUCAACCUGGCAGACACAGAACCACCCAUCACGGGCUGCCCGCGUCGCGACCGUAGCACGGCCGAUCAGUUUUUCAGCCUCGACCUGUCCACGUCUGUUGGCGAGGGUGGGGCCACCCCGCACGCCUCCCGUCACUCCGGCCACCGCAGCGGUGGGCGACGGGGCGGCCACGGCGCUGUCCUGCGCAAGGACGACUUCUUCGACACGAACGACGUCUUCUCGACAAAGUUCUUCAGUUUUCUCUGGAUGGAGUCGGACGGCGACGGCGACGACGAGGAAUACGCCAGCGACACGCGCACGGUCGAUGAGGGUCGACGCUGCGGAGCGCGCGACCCGGACAACGGGCGAGGCACGAAGAGCAGCAUGCGAAGCAGAAAGGACCCUGGUCGUCUCACGCUGUCACGACCCGGCUUCUCGACGUUGACAAGUCACACCUUCAACACAAAUCCGCAAGGAGUGCCGGAGGCGGUGCUGCGACUGCACCACCAGACAUGGAUCCUACUGAUGGAUAACCGCCUGAUGGCCUGGGUGCAUCGCGCGGCCACCGAUCACUGUCAGCGGGCCACGCAGCUGCGCCACCGCUUACUGGAAAUCAUUGCGCUCGGUCCUUGUUCCGCUGAUAUCGUCGGCGACGCCACAUUCGCCUCGCCCACCCAGGUCAGCACCUCACUCGUGCUUCCGGAGGAAGACGCGCUGCAACGCACCUUGGAGAGCUUUUCGCCUUUCUUUGUCGUUGUUGCGCCGCCGCCGGUGGUGCAGCGGGCUAAGGAUCAGUUCCGGGCGGCGCAACGGGGACAGCUCUCCAGCGGCAACGCUCAACAGGCCGCCGCCACUUCCGUCGCCGACCUCAUCGGCCUCCCGCUGCUGAGUCAGUACGGCUCCUGGCGGGAGGCCUACGAGCACCGACAUCGCUGUGACAAGGUGCCCUUCUCUUUCUUUUUCAUCCAUGAUGUCAGCUACAACUACGCGCAAGUCACGGCCUUGUUCGUGCAGCUGCAGCUGCUCUACGCACAUUCCCACUCUCACUCACGGCGCUGUGCGGAGGCCAGGCGGGAGUCGGUGCCUCUAAAAAACGCGAGUCGUCAAUUUACCACCCUCAGCACCGCUAGUCGCACCAUGGAGGAGCGGCGCCACGUGUGCCCACUCAUGCUCAUGCAAGAGAUGACGGAGAACGUUGUCCUCGCCUACGAGCAAAGCUCCGCACGCGCAACCUUGCCGAUGCUGCGCCGCGUGCUCGACUUUCUGACGGAUGCCGCGCUGGACGUGGUGACGGCGCACCGCUUUAUCAGCCGCAAGGCUGUCCUGCGGCAGCACCAGUUUCAGCUGCCAGGCAUGACCACGGUGCGUCCUUUGCCAAUCUCGACCAUGGCUUCUGCCGCGGCGGCGGCUUUUGACGUGUCACAGACUACAGAGGACGAUGGGUCGAUGGAUGCUGCAGAGGAUAGGCGACCAACAAGCCACAGCUUUGGCGUCUCCAAGGAGGAGGACGGCACGCCCAUGAAGGACGAGCUGCCCGGCACCGACGGCAGCGGCAUCCCCAUCAGCGGCGUUGAGCCGCAGCGCGUCACGGAGAGCGACAUCAAUGCGCUCUUUGAAAUUGCCUACUGGUUCGCAGAUGCGACCACAGCAAACGCCUCGGUGCCACUGGACGCAGCUCUCCCCGCAGGCACGACGGCAGGGCAAUACGCGGCGCGAGAGGGACCGCUAAGCACUUCACUAGAGGUGUUGAAGAGGAUGAGCCGAAACUCUCUGGCUACCACGCCACCGUUAGACACACCGACGAGCCGCCCCGGCACCAACCACAGCGCCGCUGCGGCCGCUGGAGGCGGCGGUGCUCCCUUACGGAUGUAUAAAGUUCUCAGCGUUGAGGGAUCGCAGCUCUCCUCGCCGCACAACAGCAUUGCCGUCUCCCUGACGGGAGCGGAUGACCCAUCGCUGUCGUCGUCGUCACGGUCGCAGCAGUACUUACCUGGGCGCUUACAGGUGUACAGCCCUGUCGAGUCCCUUGCGGAGGCGGUGGCGUUGCUGGAGGCGUACCGGAAGCCGCAACAACUGCGCAACGAUCGACCCGGCCGGGCCGGCCGCAGGAAGGGCCAUAGCAUGUCGGUUGACCCGAGGGCCCGCGGUGGCGGCGCCGGAGCGAAGAGGUCCGCAAUGCCGUGUCUCACACCGGACCCCGUCUCGGACUCCUUUACGAGCUUUAUCAGCCCUUUGGUGGUCCUCACCACCUACCUCCGCCUACACGGCGGCACGUGGCUGAAGCAUCUAUGCCGCCGUGUCUUCGAGUCUCUGCGCAGGCCGAAUGUCUUGCUCUACGUCAACACCCUUGAGUUCGAUUCCGCGUGGGUGUCCCUGCAGCUACCGUCGUCACUGUCAUCACAAGAGACGACGAAGCUCAGUGUCUCGGCGGCGACGCGAGGGCGCCAACGCCCACAGAACCGGUCACUUUUAGCCACGCCGCUAGCCCCGAGCACCGCUGCCAGCUCAGAGGCGGCGCGCAGUGACUUUCUCCACGGCCUCGGCUGCCUGGAAGACCUCAUUUGCCAAGACAUCUUGUGCGCCCUCAACAACUUCUUUGGCUUCCUGUACGGAAAGCGAGCUGCGGCCGCGCGAUUGCCGCAAGGGAUCUCCAUCCUGCUCACCCAGUUUGUGUCCACCGUGCACCUAUACAUGCUCGAGAGCGUCGGCGCGACUCGUACCGCAACGGCCGCGGCGCCCGGCAACGGCAAUCGUAAUCGCUCGAUGAGGUCCGGCCCUCACCCUAACCCAAGCGCUUUAGGAGGAGGCACGGCGGCUGAUGCCCCGAGUCGCAUCGUGGAAGACUGCCUGCGGAUGUGCAAGCAGCGCUACAACGCUGGCUUGCGCCGACAGGGCAGCGCCAGUGAGUCGGGAGGAGCCUAUGUACCUACCUUUCACGAUUUUGACGGUCCGUUGAAGAGCCCCAGUGGUGGUGCCACGGGCGAGGCAGCUGCAUCGACCGCCUCGCUCCCACGCCUCCUCCACACGAUUGAGCAGCACCGCCUCGCAAAAUUCAUCUUAUUCGACUGCUGGAUUCUGCCGGCCCUCAACAACCCCAUAUCGCUCGGCUACCUGGCUUCCGACUCACCGAUGCACCUCCGCUGGAACAUCGACGCGCUCGCGCGCUAUCUCAAAAUCCUUGUGCACGCGCCCUUUGUUGAGCAAGACAAGAAGAAUUUCGUCAGCCUUUUCCCAGAAGUUCCGAGGAGCUCCAGGCGACGCAGCACCAGCCGCCCGCGUUCCAGCGACUGUCGCGACGGUAAGGACAGCCGAGGCGCCGGGCGACCCACAGUGCUGACGCUGCCGCCGUACCUCACCGGCAUCUACGACGUCGCCACCGGCUCGCUGGUGAGACUGCAGAGCUCAACACCCGUGACCACCACUGCCGGAGACAACCCGUUCGAAAGGAUGUCGAGCGCGACGCCAGCGAGGGAGCAUCCGACCGCACUCAGCGCGUCGUCAUCGACGCUGUCAAGUUCGGCGAUGAGCACGGUGGCCCACGGCGAAUACGUGAAUGGCGAGGCACCGUCGCCUCGAUACACCGAGAAAAGCGACGAGGACGUGUCGGCGGUGGAGUCUCCAACGCAGGCGGGUCAGUCGAAGUGGACGCUGGAGGCAACAGCCCCCCCGCCUAGUGUCACCGCGACGCAAGAGGCGGUGUCUCGUGCUGCUCCGCAGCGGCCCUUCAACGUACAGCGAGCCGCUCAGCAUCCGGCGUCUGCUGCGGCGGAAAACAAGUCGACGGUGACGCCACCGUCUGCGAGCUCCUCCCGCUUGUUCUCCAGUGCCGGGGAGUCUGUGGAAGCAGCCGGAGGCAUGUCGUCACCCGGCACGUGUCGUGACACGAGCAGCUUUGCCGGCUCACCCAAGGACUUGCAGAGCGACCUGCCAGUGGAGUCGAAGUUUAGGAUCUGCGACACGGUGCUUAGUGGCAUCACGCCAACCCUCACCUCGCCGCACGCGCCGCCGCCACUGGACUGCAUUCAGAGCAUCUGCAGCAACGCCGACCAGCGCCCCUACGGUGCCGGUGCUGCGCUGACACAUCCGUACGUGGUGAUGGACAACGCCCUGUGGCUGGACAUGUCCCCGGCGCUGCAAAACCUGAACGACUGCAUCGGGCUAACGUUCUGUGACCGCGGCGCCGUUGAGGAGUGCCCCGGCGACAGCGGCACUGUGGCACCCAUAUUGCGGCUGCCCACAAUGAACGCGGGCAGCGGGCAUGCAGGCUCUCGCACUGGUGCGACCCCAGCGCGGGGCGCGGCGGGUCAGCCAACAAGUGGGGCUCCGAGGGACUGCGGCACAUUUGUGGACCUCGCUCUCUUUGAUGUGCCGGCGUUGGAGAUGCUGAACGCCUUCGCAUACGCGGCGUGCACGGACGACAGCAGCUACGUCGUCGUGUCUGAAUUCGAGGUUCUGCCGUCGAUGGCGGCCGGGUGCCUCGAGAGGAUCUACGAACUCGCGACCGAUAUGCAUCCUAUGGUUCUCCACGCGCUGCAGAAGGGAGCCUUCCACUUCGCCUACAAUGACAGUGGCAGCCUAUCGUCUGGGCUGACGUCAUUGUACACGGCGUGCAUGAACGGAGUACUGCUGCAUCCGCGCACCGCCGCGCAUGUGCUCAAGAAUGUCAUGGACAACAAUCCACCCUUCUCUCACACGUUACUCAAGCCGGUGACGGACACGACGGCGCUCGACCUGCUUGGCCGCCUCGCCACCCACUCACGGGACGUGCCUAUGGUGGACGUGAACGCCGUUGUGCCGCUAAUCCACUCCAUGGUGCCUGACCGCGACUCUUCUGGAGGUGGAGGCAGACGAGUGCAUCCAAGGACGGAUGUUUCGAACAGCGGCACAAUACUGCCAGCCGUUGGCGCGCGGAACACCAGCACGACCUCGAGCGCAGUAGUUCCUCACCGCUGGGAACGUGAGUCGCGCCGGCUGCUGCGCGAGUUGGUCUUCCUAACCACGGGCAACUCAGACAGCGGGCCACCGCUGCCGCUCGCGCCGGGGCUUCGUCGGCCAGUGGGGCCACCUCACCCGAUCCACAUGCUUCGCGCCGGCGCAGCCCGCAUCGCGGAGGACACUGGUGGUACGACGCCGAUGGUGUUCGACCCGUGGUGGCGCGCAAUGGUAGUAGCGCUGUGCGUGAAGGCGUCGAACGUGUUCGCCGAGUGCAGCAGCAGUCGGCCGCUGUUGUUCCAGGAAGUGUGCCACACGCAGGCCGAGGUGUCUAAGCGGCUUAACCGGUACACAACAGCCCACUUCGUCAACACGAAAGGCCGCGAGACGUGCGAGAAGGACGCUGUGGCGAUGAUGAGUGGGUCACAGCAAAGACACGCCUCCGUCUUUCAGCGCGGCAGCUGGGCCGGCAACUUGCCCGCCUGGCCAGGUCGGAAGCGCAAGCGAAGGCCAAAGGCACGAGGAGUGACGGCGAGCGGUAGCGGAGAGCCAGCGUCCACUGGCAGGAAGGCAAAGACGAAGGGACGGAAAGCCGCCGCCGCCGCCGCUGCAGCGUAG